ACGGAGGGAGGACCUCCGCUUCUGUCUUGUGUGGUAGAAGGAGCCGUCCAGCUUCGGAGCAGAGUGACUGUCUUUCCCAUCCUGGUUCAAAGUAAAGCCCGAAAAAAGACAGCAGCGUUUCCUCCUGAACGGGACGGGAGAUGGAUAACAGUAAACGGACUGUGGUCGUUACAGGUUUUGGCCCAUUUGGAGAGCACACGGUCAACGCCAGCUGGGUAGCAGUACAGGAACUGAAGAAGCUUGGACUGAGCAGUGAGGUGGAUCUGCAUGUAUAUGAGGUUCCUGUAGAGUACCAAAAAGUCCAGAGUUUGGUUCCGUCAUUAUGGAAGCAGUAUCAUCCACUGUUGGUAGUUCAUGUUGGAGUUUCAGGUAUGGCCACCACUGUCACGCUGGAGAAGUGUGGAAGAAAUCAUGGCUACAAGGGCCUGGACAACAGCAGCUUCUGCCCUGAUUCACAGUGUUGUGUUGUGGGAGGCCCGGACUGCAUCAACUCAAUUAUUGACAUGGAAUCAGUCUGUAAAAGAGUGAAUGCAUCAGGGCUGGGAGUAGCUGUGUCUGUCUCCAAAGAUGCCGGGAGGUAUCUUUGCGAUUUUACCUACUACACCUCUCUGUACCUGAGCCACGGGCGCUCUGCCUUCAUUCACGUGCCUCCUCUCGGAAAGCCUUACAGCAAAGAAGACCUGGGUCGCGCACUGCAGGCCAUCAUCCAGGAGAUGUUGGAGCUUCUGGACCAGGCCGAGGAGAAGAUCCACUGCCAGCAGCACUUCCACUAAGUGACCUCCAGAUGCCAACCAGCCUCUCCAGCCCUCAUCAUACAAGAGAAAUUGCACUUAUUCACAAGUAGCCAAACCUUUUUUUUUUUUUUUUUUUUUUUUUUUUUUUAAACUGUAUCCUUAAUUGGUGAUAAUGACACUUCACAGUAUAGUCUGCUUUCACUGUUUGUCUUGCUUCUUUAUUUCUUGCUUUGCUAGGCCUGAUUCAGCUACGGUUUAAUGUUUCCCAGUGGUGAGAAGAUAAAAUGGCAGACAACCCUUUGUUACAUCAUAAUGUGAGCUUUCAAAGAACUGGAAGCAUUCUGACAUUGGAGUUUAAAAUAUGAGGAUAAACACAGGAGCAAAAUGCUGUAUGUAUUGUUUAUAUGCAGAUGCAGCAGAAGGUCUGUAAUGGCAAAUAUUACAACCUGUAACCCCAAAUGUCACUCCUAUUAAUGCACCUUAUAGAGGUAGGGUUAUUAAAAUUAUUAUAGAAGUGACGUUUGGGGAAACUGUGUAAUCAUAAUGGUUCUUUCUUAAAUUUUUCCUUUUACUUGGUCACAGUAGGUUUCAUGUAGCACACCUAAAUGUCUGCAUUAUGGCUUAAGUAGAAACAUCCAGCAGUAAACUGCUGAUUUCAUUUUCCUUCACAUAUUUUCUUCUGUGUGUUCUAAAGCCUCUGUGUGCUUUUCACAUUUGAUGUUGAAUUGUUUCUCAAGUCCUUUUUUCUUUAUAAGAAGUUGUAAAUUUGCCUUCUUUUACAAAGGUUAUUUAAAUCAGGGAACGGGUUGGUUCCAGCUCAUACUUCCCCAGUUUGUUGGCCCAAUUCUGACAGAAGCCCUCCCUCCUUUUCCAAAUCCACCGCACUGAGAUCUGACCCCGGGAUGUGCAAUGUUUUACAGAUCUCAUUCAUUGAUUCAGGAGAAUAUUCAUUUCAUACAUUUUAUUAAGGCUGCACAACUGUUUGGGUUUUAACUGUAGAAAGUAUGUGUUAAACAGAUGAGUUAUGUAAUCUAAAGUAGUUUGUAUUAAGUAAUCUUUUUGUUUUAAGUACUAAAUGACUAGUGUGUUAAAGCUACUUUAGGCAUGACUCUUCCAAACUCACUGGAUGGUGAAAUAUAGUGACCCUUGAUAUGAUUUGUGAUCAUUCAUGUCUGAGGAUGCCUGCUGGCUUUAACAUUGUCUAUUUUAUCUUAAACUUUUUAGGAAUUACUUUGUCCUGGUUGUGCAGUCCUAACCGUUUUUCCUUGACUUUCUUGUCAUUCCCUUCAUUGAAUCAGAUGUAGCUGCUUAUUUUAUCUGAGAAUCUGAUUUGAUGAAGUUGGACUUUGCUUUCAGUCGGAAUCGGGCCUCAAAUUUAUUUUCUGUAGCACUUUUUCUUUUUGUAUUUCAGUUUUACUUAAUCUGGAAUUUGGACAGCAUUUCUCAAGCAAUGUGAAUGCUUCUGUUUUUAUGUUUUCAUUUCCAGUCACUUUAACUUGAAUUGUGUAGCUUUCUAGACAUCCAUUUUUAACCGUUUUCCUCCCACUGAUUAUAAUGACGUAGAUGAGGUAUGCUUUUUUCCCUGAGCUUUGCUUUGUUUGACAAACAGAAGGAAAAUUCUUUCAUUGUGUCUGUGACGGUGACACUCCCAGAGAUAAAUGUUUUUGUUUUGUUUUUUUUGUCUUCUGUUUUGUCAUCCUGAUCAGCGACUCCCUGCCUGCUGAGAAUUUGACUGCCUGCCCCUAACAUGCUUCAGUUUGAGCAGUUUCAGCAUGUAAUCAUUUAUGCACUGCUAAGGAACUGUGUUCAUGCCCAAACGAAGUCACAGUUCUAGUUUUAAACUGUCAUGUCUAGUUAAUGAGAUACUAACUGAAUACUGUGCCGUGUUGCAGCACUAAUUAAGCAAGCUGGUGCCACUAAAUUUGAGUAAAUUGCCAUUUUUAGCUGUGUAUUUCAUUUUAAUUGCUAUUCUGUACAUCACAAAGUGGGACCCUGAAGCACUGAGCUGAACACAGCUGAAUUUCAUCUCAGACCUAAAUUUCAUCACCCUUUUUUUUUUUUUUUUUUUUUUUUUAAAUUCAGCUCAUUUCUUGGUUGUGGGAUUUCAAAAAUCUCUGAUCUCAUUUUAAUUCUGAUUUUUAGGUGCUGAUAUUUUAUCAUGUGGCUUUGUGUGUGCUGAGAAGUUUAAAAAAAAAAAAAGGGGUUAUGGAGGAGCUGUCUGCAGAAUUUCUGCUCACAAAAGUGAAAGCCUCAAGUUUACAAAUGAGGUGACCUCUGACCCUGACUCCCUCCUGUGCCUUGCUGUUGGUUAUGUGUGUGAUGAAAAGGCCUUACUAAUUCUCAGUGGGUCAGUUCAGAGAUGUAGUACUGAUGCUGUCCUUGUGGCUACCUCAAAAAAUACUUAGUUUUGUUUGUUGUUUUGUUUUUUGUUUUUUGUUUUUUUAAAUAUCAGUGUGUGCUCUACCUGUGUUUCAGAUCUUCUGAAAGGUAUGUUCUUCUGCUUCAUUAACAAAGUACUGUUACAAUAAGUAAUCCUGGCUUUGUAAAAGGAAAGGCUUUGAAAUAAAGAAAAUUAAAGAAUUACA